AUGGGCUUGGCUUCACCGAGGAAUGCCUUCCACCAGCAGCCAAAGCCGGCUCGGCACGGCGAGGCCUUCCGCUUCCUGUUGCUCACCUUCAUCGCGGUGGCCGGCAUGGCGGGGAUUCUGGUGGCCGGAGCGGUCAUCUUCUGCCUGCGGCAGAGCGCCAAGCGGCGGCAGAAGGAGAAGCUGGCCGGGAUAGGAGCCGAGGGAACGGCCGAAACCUCCCUCGAAUACCAGGAGCUGUGCAGGCAACACAUGGCGACCAAGUCGUAGCUGCGGACGGACACGGUGGACACGUCGCGGGUGACCAGCGUCUCCUCCCAGUUCAGCGACGCCCCGCAGGCAAGCCCCAGCUCCCACAGCAGCACCCCCUCCUGGUGCGAGGAGCCGGUGCAAUCCAACAUGGACAUCUCCACGGGACACAUGAUCCUGACGUACAUGGAAGACCACCUGAAGAUCAAGGACCGGCUUCACAAGGAGUGGGAGGCUCUGUGUGCGUACCAGGCCGAGCCCAACGCCUGCACCGUCGCGCAGACCGAGGCCAACGCCAAGAAAUGCCGCAACCCGGCCUUCGUGCCCUAUGACCAUAACCGGGUGGUUCUGAAGGCGGAGAUGAAUCCCUCGAGGACGGACUUCAUCAACGCCAGCCCCAUCAUCGACCAUGACCACAGGAUGCCGGCCUACAUUGCCACACAGGGACCGCUCUCUCACACCAUCCCCGACUUCUGGCAGAUGGUGUGGGAGAACGGCUGCACGGUGCUGGUGAUGCUGACGCCUCUGGUGGAGGAUGGGCUGCGACACUGUGACCGAUACUGGCCCGACGAGGGGUCCUCACUCUACCACAUCUACGAGGUGAACCUGGUGUCAGAGCACAUCUGGUGCGAGGACUUCCUGGUGCGGAGUUUCUACCUGAAGAACGUCCAGACGCAGGAGACGCGGACCCUCACCCAGUUCCACUUCCUCAGCUGGGCCGCGCAGGGAACGCCCGGCUCCACCCGGCCCCUGCUCGACUUCCGCAGGAAGGUCAACAAGUGUUACAGAGGCAGGUCGUGCCCCAUCAUCGUACACUGCAGUGACGGGGCAGGAAGAACCGGCACCUAUACGUUAAUCGAUAUGGUCCUCAACAGAAUGUCCAAAGGUGUGAAGGAGAUUGACAUUGCUGCAACUCUGGAGUACAUACGGGACCAAAGGCCUGGAAUGGUGUGCACCAAGGAGCAGUUUGAGUUUGCGUUGACUGCGGUGGCGGAGGAGGUGAACGCCAUUCUGAAGGCGCUGCCCCAGUGAGCGCGCUCAGCACCGCUGUUGUCAACCGUGAGCUGGGGCCGCUGCUUGCCCCUCUGUUAGUCGUCGUUCCCCCCCCACCCCCUCCUCUACCCCCCUGGCUUUAUGUCCCCCCCCCUCACGCUCAGUAUCGUGUCUCUCUGGGGCGGGUCCGGUUCACCCCCCCUCCCCCUCACAAGGAAUCUCACACGGAGCCCCC